AUGGAUCUAUUAGGUUUAGGAUCAAAAGGUCAUAUUGAUUUUAUACUUGAUCCACAAGGUCAACGAAAACAAAUUGAAGUUAAACUUGAUGAUAAUAAUAAUAAACGAUCAUUGCAAUAUAUCUAUUAUGAUGGUGAAGAUGUCGGUGGAUCGGUACAAAUUAGAUUGAAGAAAAGGAGCAAAGUAGAACAUCAAGGCAUUCGAUUGGAAUUCAUUGGAAAAAUUGAAAUGCUCAAUGAUCGAAGUACGAUUCAUGAAUUUAUUAAUUUAUCAAAGUUACUUGCUCUUCCUGGCGAAUUAACUGAAAAUACAAGCAUAGAUUUUCAUUUCCCAAACGUUGAAAAACCCUACGAGUCAUACAUUGGUAUUAAUGUUAAAUUGAGAUAUUUUCUUCGUUUGACAAUCAUAAGACGUUUUACAAAUACAAUUGACGAACGUAAAAAUGAAUCAUUAUUAAAAGAAAUUGAAAAUCAUGAACAACGUUUAUUAAAACAGUUAAAUAAUGAAUGUGUACGCAUCACUCAAGAAUAUCCAUCACAUCAAGAAGAAUUUCAACAACGUUUACAACAAUUAACAAAUAAUUAG